UUACCAGAUUCACAUGUCUAUCUCACUCACUCUCUAUAUAUAUGCUACAGUGUUAACCAUAUUUCUCCAUGCAACAAGAGUACUCUACCAUAGCCAUAUUAGUGUCUGUAACCAAUAUGGGAAGAGCUCCUUGUUGUGAGAAAAUUGGAUUGAAGAAAGGAAGAUGGACUGCUGAAGAAGAUAAGAUCUUGACCGAUUACAUCAAACAAAAUGGUGAAGGGUCUUGGCGGUUUUUGCCUAAGAAAGCAGGUUUGUUAAGGUGUGGGAAGAGUUGCAGAUUGAGAUGGAUAAAUUAUUUGAGAGCAGAUGUGAAGAGAGGCAACAUAGCUCCUCAUGAGGAAGAAAUCAUUGUCAAGUUACAUGCUGUUCUUGGAAAUAGGUGGUCUGUGAUAGCAUCACAUUUACCCGGACGAACAGAUAAUGAGAUAAAGAAUUACUGGAACUCUCAUUUAAGAAGAAAAAUUUAUUGCUUCAUGAGAUCUAUAAAUGAGUCUCCACCACCACUACCACCGCUUGACAUGGCAUCUACAUCCAAAAAAUUAUUUAAUGGGAAAAAAAUUAAUCCAAAAAUAGAAGAGAACAAUAACAUGUCCCUUGAACCAAUUAUGCCUAAAGAAGUUGAAGAAAUUUCAAUGAAUAAUGUUUUUUAUGAAAUGGAGGGUAAUAAUAAUAAUAUAAAUAAUUCAAUUUUAUCAUACCCUAGCAAGAUUAAUGAAUUAGCUAUUGAUGAAGGUUUAGGACCAUAUAAAUGGCUUGAUGAUGAAAUUAUGAAACUUCGUACCAUGUUUGAAAAUGGGAUGAGGAGUUAUGUUACACAUCAUGAGAAUAAUGAAAAGGGUAUUAAUGAUUAUGAUUAUAAGAAUAUGCAUGUGGAAAUAAUGGAAAAAAAUAAGGAAAUGAAAAGUGACAUUAUUUGGGGAGAAUCAUCUAAUGGAGAAUGUGGAGAGUUGUACAAUUGUUGUUCAUCAGGGAAUUCUGCCACAGAUUAUGAUCAAUUGUCUGAUUGGGAUUUUUGUGAAGAAGAAAAAAUGAAGAGUUGCUUGUGGGGUACAGGUAUUGGUGAAAUCAUGAAUGGUUUUUAUUAGUAACUAAUAAAUUGUUUGAAUUGUUGGAAAUGUAAUUGUUUAUGUGAUUUUGUUGUGUGUAGAAGUUUAAUCAAUGUCAUAUAGUAUAGUAUAUAUAUAGUAUAUAUAAUAUAAAAUAAGAUCAUCAGGUCAGUUAUUUUUUUAAGUGGUAUGAGAUUUGAACUCUGAUUCCUGCAUAUAUAAUAUAAUAUCAUUAUUAAGUGA